UGAAUACCUUGUCCCAAUGUGCUUCGAUAAAUCCAUGUUCACGAUUGUCGCUAUGAUGGCUACUCUCAAGGCGGGAGGUGCUUGCGUCCAUCUCGGCAGGAACUCUCCAAUUGCUCGCAUGAGCGAAAUCAUUGAACAGACCGGCGCCAGCAUUGUUCUCACUGACAACAUCCAUGCCUCUAAGUUCGAUGGAGUCACUGAGGCUAUUGUCAUCGACCAACCUUUCCUAGAUUCCUUCACUUCGUGUACCCCACUUCCUGAGGUUUCUCCAUCCAACCCUGCCUUCGUCUUGUUCACAUCUGGCAGCACAGGUAAACCUAAGGGUGUGGUGGUUGAGCAUGGCUCACUCUGCACCAGCUCUAGGGCUCACGGAACGAACCGUAAGCUUUUGCAGUUUGCAGCUUAUACUUUCGAUCGUGGAGGAUGCAUCUGUGUCCCAUCAGAGGAUGAACGCAUCAACGAUCUGGCUGGUGUGAUCAACCGGAUGAACUGCAACUAUGGGUUCUUGAUACCAACUGUCGCUGGCAUGCUCGACCCCAAGACUGUGCCUAGCCUCAAAAGACUUAUCCUUGGUGGAGAGUUGCUUACUCAGGACAACGUUCAGCGAUGGGCUCCUAUGGUGGAUCUCAUCAUUAGUUACAGAAUGACCAAGUGCAUUAUCCAUUGCGUGGACGCUGUUCCUCUUACCCUUAAGAGCAAUCCCGCCAAUCUUGGUCGGCCCUCUAGAUGCCACAUGUGGAUCGUCGACGCCGAGGAUCACAAAAAGCUCACACCAAUUGGCGCUGUUGGCGAGCUGGUGAUUGAAGGAAGAAUGGUGUCUCGCGGAUAUCUGAACAACAAGGCCAAGACCGACGCAGCAUUCAUCCUUGACCUACUCUAGGCUCAAGGGUCCGGAAAGACUCGUCACAUCUACAAAACCGGUGAUCUCUGAAGAUACAGCUCUGAAGGAG